ACCUCGAAUGUGGUUUCUUUUUGAAGUAGUGUGAAUUAUUGCGUUAAAAUUUGUUUAACACCCUUUUAACCAUCUUUAUUUAAUAAAUUAUUGCCUUAAUUUUGCAAAGGCGACUUUGAUUGAUUUGGCGGAAAUACGCGAAUGCAACGAUGGUGAAAACCCGUCGCAGUAACGGAGAGAACGGAGAGGUUGACGAGGGGCAUGACACCCUCAACGACGUUGGCAGCGUGUCUGAUGAGAAGGCAUCAAACUGCUCACCGCGUGAGCUCCGGAGUAGUCAGUACAAAGUGACAAGGAAAAUACAACGCUGGCCAACAAAAUAUCGCGAACGCAGACUUCGUGCCAUCAAGAUGUCUCGAAUAGUCUUCCCUGAGAGUGACACUGAGCCUGAGAAAUAUUCUAAAAGAUCGCGAAAGGUGCGCGUGUUCUUCGCUGACGACAACGACUCUACGAACCGCAGCGUCGCGCGCAUCCGACGCAGCCGCGGUGCGCGCAAGAACUCUCUAGAAGACAGCGAGGAUAAACCGCAGAUACAGCAGAAUGUUAGAAGAAGUUGUCGCAAACGCAAGCUGCUGCAUCACAACUUCAACGAGAGUUGGAUCACCAACGAGCUGAAGGUCAAAGGCUACCCGGACCUGUACGGGUACCCCGGGUUCAGCUCGUCAGAUGAAUUCUCGUCCGGAGAAGAUGCCAGGGGCCGCAGCAAGAAACUGAGUCACAGUCACCCCCCAACCAACACCGACGAGGACACGCAACUGUCCCGCCAGCGCAGGACCUCCGCUCGAUUCUCCAACAAGAAAGUUCUUAUGAAUGAUGAAUCAGAUUCAGAAGACGAGAACAAUCAGACGGUGAUAGAGAAGAAGCCGGUAGCAGUAGUAGAGAAGAAAGAAGAAGAGAAUAUGGACGUAGAGGACGCAGAGAACAAGGGAGAAGAGAAGAAGACCGAGCUUGAGGCGCCCGUGGAGCAAGACAGCGAGAGCAAUCAAGGCCCUGCUAGGUCAACAAGAGGCAGAGGAAGGCGAAGACAGAAGAAGGAGGAUAGUCAGGAAACAGCCUCGGAAUCAUCAUCAUCGGAGUCGGGCAGCGAAAUCACACUGACGCGGCAGCCGCGACGCUCUAAGCGCACGCGCAAGCCCAAGCCCGCCUUCGUGCAGAUCGCCCAGCGGGAAACUAGGGGCAGAGCAAAAACAUUCACCAUCAGAAAGAAACCUUAUUCUUUAAGAGAGAGGAAGCCCAAAAUACUUCGAAGAAAGACUAUUCGAUCUCAAUCGCCAUCGAGCAGUACCAGCAGCAGUAGUUCCUCCGGCUCCGACAUAGAGGAGGACCUCAAUGUCUCCAUGAAGAACAAGUCUAAGGGCAGACAAAAAACCAAGGCGUUAUCAGAUGACAAGAAGAAAGACGACAGGGCGUUACGAGACAUUCAACCUGUGACCGUCGAUGGCAGUGUUAGAUUUACUUCGGUCGGCGGUCUAGAAGAGCACAUAAAGUGCUUACGCGAGAUGGUUUUAUUUCCACUGAUGUACCCGGACCUCUUCGCAAAGUUCAACACUAGGCCGGCCAAGGGUGUGUUGUUCCACGGCCCUCCGGGCACUGGGAAGACGUUACUGGCGCGAGCUCUAGCCAACGAGUGCAGUCUAGUUGGCGGAAGGAAGGUCUCCUUCUUCAUGAGGAAAGGAGCCGAUUGUUUGAAGAAAUGGGUUGGGGAGAGCGAGAGGAAUCUGAAGCUGCUGUUUCAACAGGCGAACAAGAUGAAGCCGUCAAUAAUAUUCUUCGACGAGAUCGAUGCGCUGGCGCCGGUGCGGUCGGUGCGGCAGGACCAGGUGCACACCAGCGUCGUCGGCACCCUGCUGGCGGAAAUGGACGGGCUCUGUGACAGGGGAGAAGUGGUGAUAAUCGGCGCCACCAACCGCCUGGACGCGGUGGACCCCGCGCUGCGCCGCGCCGGCCGCUUCGACCGCGAGCUGCACUUCGCGCCGCCGCCCGCCGCCGCCCGCAGGGACAUCCUGCACAUAUACACCAAGGGCUGGGCGCCGCCGCCCACCGACCACACGCUGGACUACAUCGCGGACGCUACCAGCGGGUAUGGAGGUUCGGAUCUCAAAGCGUUGUGUUCAGAAGCAGUAUUAAAAGCAUUGAGGCGGGUGUACCCGCAAGUGUACGAGAGUGAACAUGCGCUGAUCAUUGAUACCAAAAAUGUGGAAGUAACGAAGCAAGACAUGGUGGAGGCGAUGCGGUCGCUGGUGGCGGCGGGCGCGCGCUCGUGCCCGCUGGCGGCGCGGGCGCUGCCGCCGGCCGCGGCGCCGCUGCUGGCGGCGCAGCUGGACGCCGCCGCCGCCAUGAUGCGCGCCGCCUUCCCGCCGCCCGCCCGCCGGGGACACGCAGACGCGACUCCUGCUGUACUACUGAUAAGCGGCGAGUGCGCCGAGACGUACAUCGCGCCGGCCCUGCUCGCCCAGCUGGAGCGCUGCACCGUGAAGGAGCUCAACAUGGCCACGCUGCACUCCGUCCACUCGUUCACGCAGGAGCAGGCCAUCAUAUCGUUGUUCUCGGAGUGCCGCCGCGCGGAUGGUGGCUGCGUGCUGUUCGUGCGGGACGUGGCGGCCGUGUGGGCGGCGCUGGCGGCCGGGCCGGGGGCCGCGCUGCUGCGCCAGCUGUGGCGCACGCAAGCGGCCGGCGCAGACACGCUGCUGCUGGCCACCUGCAGCGGCGGAUACGACCAGCUGCCGCCAGAGCUCCACGAGCUAUUCCCGCUGUACAAAGACUGCGUGUACCACGUGCGGCAGGCGAGCGCGGCCGAGGUCAUCAGCUUCCUGAAGCCGGUCAUCACGGAGGCGCCGCUCGAGCCGCCCAUAGUGGAGCACAACGAGCCGCCGCCGCCACUGCCGCGGGCGCCCCCGCCGCCGCCGCCGCGAGAGAGCGCGGAGGAGGUAGCGCGGCGCAAGCGCAAGGAGGACUACAAGCUGCGCGAGCUGCGGAUCUUCCUGCGCGACAUCUGCCGCAAGCUCGCCUCCAACCGACGAUUCUAUAAGUUCACUAAGCCUGUGGACUUGGAGGAGGUAACAGAUUACCUAGAUAUAAUAAAACAGCCGAUGGAUCUCGAGACGAUGAUGACUAAGGUGGACAUGCAUAAGUAUAACUGCGCCAAAGAGUUUCUCGACGACAUCGAUCUUAUAUGCGCAAACGCAUUGGAGUAUAAUCCUGAUAGGACGUCAUCAGACAAGCAGAUCCGUCAUGAGGCGUGUUCGUUGCGCGACCAUGCGCACGCGCUGAUCGACGUGGAGAUGGACAGCGACUUCGAGCUAGAGUGCCAGGACAUCGCACGCAAGCGGCAGCAGGAGGGCGACAUGGACAAUGACCUGCCCGACUUUAUUUAUACCGCAUCUAACUUGCAAAUAACAGCGCAAAGCAUCGAGGGCACUCCAGACAACAAAGCUGCGCGGACGUCGCAGAACGGUGAAAAGAGCGAGUGCCAGUCUGCCAAACGCAAGCGCAGAAGAAUGAACGCAUGGUCCAAAGGAUUGGUUGUCAAGAGGCCCAAAACUACGCCAAAGAACUGCAAAGACGCGAGCAUGGUGAUAACGGACGAGGAAUCUAAAGAGAACAAGCCGAUUACGUCGACGCCGCUGCCCAACGGCGACGCGCUGGUGACGUCAUCGUCGUGCUCGGACGACGACGCGCCGCUGCGGCGCCCGCACGACGACUCCAUGUUCAGCAUCAGUGCGCACGCGACCGUCAACAACCACGUGCUCGAUAGCCCAGCAAAAUCAACUGAGAAGUCGCCUACGAAGGCAUCACCAAAGAAAAGAAAUUCUGGCCACGACGUAGCCAGUGAAUCGGACAAAGUACUGAUAAACAAGACUGAGUUAGACAACGUGUUAUACAAGAACGCGAAGGCGCUGCGCAGUAUCGGGUUGGAGCCUCUGUUGGAGUUGCAUGCGGAGCUGAGCAAGGCUGUGCACGCGUACACGGAAUUACGCGAUCGCACGCGAUUGCCACAGGAGCUGCACGCGAUCGUCGCUAGGUACGUGCAGCUGGCGAGGAAAUGAAAGGUUGUGUUGCGGUCGGGGCGCCGGUGCUCCGUCUUUGGAUUCUGUAAUAUAGACGCGUUGCCAAAUCCUUUGGUUAUGCUCACAGAUUUUGUUGCAAGAAAGUACCCUGGGAGUGUUCACAUAAGUCAGCUUCUAGAAAUCCUAUCGUAAAUUUCAAAUAAAUUGACCGCAUUUUCAACCAAAAAUAUGCAUUUUGUUUGUAAUAGGAACAAAAGAUAUUCAAUUAGCCUUCUUUCUUUCAUACUUGAUGGCAAAUUCUUAUUUUUUAUGUUCAAAUCUUAUUUGGACAACUACAGAUCCAUUUAUUGGUUACAAAUGUUACAAUACAGGAUAUUAUGAUACCGGGUCCGCUUACCUACCAUGAAGAUUUUACAGGUCCGGUUUUUUACAGAAGCGUCUGCCUGUCUGACUUUCCAACCUGUGAAGGGGAAACCAGCCCAAUACAGUUUAGGUAACAUACCUCCGAAAAUGUAUUUCUCGGGAAUGUGGGUUUCCUCACGAUGUUUUACAUCUAUUGAUACUAAUUGUUUUAUAUUUGCGGAACCAAUAUUUCCUUUUGUAGAAGAUUACUCGACCUUCUUAUUCCUGUCGCGCCUCUCCAUUACUGGAGGUUGGCGAUCAGCUCAUGAAAUAUAUGUCUCCCUGGUCAUCCGGAAUGGCUCUUCGACCGUCACCGCCACAUUUAUCCACACCUUGAUGUUGUCCAAGCAUGUUUUCUUCGGCCUUCCCACCUACCCAAGGAUUUGCCCGACAAUAUAACUUAAAGCGGGCAAUAUUUACUUGAUAACUUUAUUUUAUUAAUUUCCAGCUAAAAUGACCACUGUAGUUUGCAAUAUGCGCCAUACUAUAUUUGAACGUAUGACUCGACUCCUUUGAUCGAACGCCAAAGUUACCCGACCGCAAAAAUAAAUGAAUAUGUAUUGUUGAAGUUAGAUAGGAGUUGUUGUAUUGGUUGUUGAUAAGGCGUUGGAAUAUAACAUUCCAUGGUUAGCGAGCAAAUUGUAAUUAUUUUAUCACAAUUAGCGUUUCGAGUUUAAAACUGAUGUUGCAAACAAAAUUAUUAGAUUAAGAAUUUAUCGAAUUAUACUCGUAAGAUCAGUGGAGGUUAGGAAAAUGUGAAAUAUCGGAACAAGACUUAAUUUCUUAAUACGUUAAGAAAUAAAUGUUUGAACAUCAGUUUUAGGUUUAAAUAAAAAGCGUUAUUAUUUAACUUGCUGGUUUUUGGAUGGAUUCACUGUUUUCUAUUUAUUGCACCAGAGGGCAGCACCUAGACAUGAGGUUUGCUGUAUCUGAAUUAUUUCUGGUGGCAAAAUGAGAACUGUUAGUCCUUAUUUUAGUAUAGGCUAUAUAAGGCGCAAGACAGAUAGUAGACGAGAGACGAAGACGCUUUACAGAAGCGACUCUCCAAUGAAGAGACCAAUCCGCCCCGUCUCUUCUAUAAGUUGUUUCGCGAUGCUUCUAUACGUCUUAUAUGAAAGUCCAUUAUAGGGGCGCCGUGACUUCGACUCCUCCGCGACACAUUUUCUAAGGAUCUACCCAUUACCAGUCAGUCAGAUAAUAACCAUUGUAUUUUACAAAUAAACAAUGCGCAAUGUAAGCGCUCGCUUAGAAUAAUUAUUUUAGCGCGAAGGUGAAUUGACGUCUAGGAUCUUACAUUAGGUUUCAUACAAUAUUCGCAAUAGUUUAUAUUCACAAUGUGAACGGUAAGCUGUCUUCAUAGAACUGUACGGAAAUCUUUUGUAAUUAUCUAUUGCCUAUGUAAAAAGGACGUAGGUAACGGCUCUUGUAGAAUAGGUGAAUUAGGUUUGAAGUACAUCUGACAUCACCAUCAUCAUCAUCGUGCGGGUGACGUCAUCAGUAUGCUUCUAUCCUUGUCUGUAACUCAGAACCUUCAUUUGCUAGAGUGAGAUAAUGCGCCCGCAUGCGUUGGAAGCCACGAGGCGGUCAGACUUGGAGUGUGGUCACCCUCCCGCUCUUUAUCUGAGUAAUUUAUUUAUUUAUUCAAAUUUACAUUAUACAAUAAAUAGUAUCAUUACAGAAAAAAGAAAGGGAUAGAAGCAUAGAUAAGAGUGUUGCGGUGCUGCCAGCGGGCUUAGCACCGUAAGUACACGACUCUUUCUCGCCGCGACAGAAAUCAUCUGUCUCUUUCUGUGCAGUACUGUGUAGUGACGUAUGUCGAGGCGCGAAAGAGUCGCGCGCGUACAGUGCUGAGCCCGCAGAUUUAGUUAACCCUAACUGAACAUAUCUCAGCUUUUGUGUUUGUACCUUCAAUUUCAUGCCGUUGCUAUCUGUUAAGUCACACACAUAUAAUGAGCGAAGACGGUUAUAUAAAGAUAGCUUACUUUUACAGUGCUAUAUCAAAAGCGACCCUAACAGUAAGUUUCCUAGACACUCGUAAUAACGAACACUGCCUAAUGGCUCUAAAUAUAAUAAAAUCUUAUAUUGUAACCAUUCCUAACGAGCCAAAUUGUGAGAACCAAUACUAGGUUAGUUUGUGACGUUUGUAAAUAGCCCACUACAGGUCUGUGAUAUACGUAAGAGUUAUUAUGCUUGUGUCUAUAUUUUUGCUUCUAUUUGAUACGUUUCUUUCGCCGCACAUUAUUGUUAGUUGUCAUACGAUCCUCUUUGUUUAAAUGUCAUUAGACUAUAAAGGGUAGUGACAUCGUAACGAAAACUUUGAGGGAUGAUUCAGACCAUGUUUCUGGGUUGAUCGUCAUCAUCAUCCCCCUAGCAUUAUCCCGUAUUUUUUCACAGGAUCCGCUUAUCGCAAAGGUAUAGAACUGAGAAUAAUUAAAAAUAAAUCAUGAAUUUUGUGACGGAAAAUUCCACUUGUUAUUGCCUUAGAAUCAUGGUUUGAAUCAUCCCCCUCAGUAUUCGUUACGAUGUCACUAACAUCCUGUAUUUUGGAACUUAGGAAAUUAAGUAAUUGGUCGAAAAUCGAAUGUGUCUGAUCAGUUUGGCUGAAAAAUGACAAGAUUAACUGGUAUAUAGACGGCUUUUUCAAUUUGAAUUCCGCAUGUACAUAGCGGCAGUAUUAAGCAAAAGUUUCCUGGGAUUGCUUUACCGACUUGAGGUUUAUUAUGGCCCGUGACAUAGAAUGCUCCAACAGAGAUGUGUCAUAGUUAUUUAGCUGUAAUGAAACUGAACCUGAUCGUAAGCCCCAUAAUUAUCAUGGCUAAAUAUUUAUCAUCAUUGUUUCAUGUCAUCGUACGAAUUGUGUGAGCAUUUCGAUGUUUCGAUUUCAGUAAUUGGCCCCGAUUCCUGCAGACACAUCUUAAUUUUAAGACAAAUUAUACCCGUCAUUUUCUUAUCCGCCGAAAAGGAAAGGGACGGAUGAUUGACAACUGUUAAUUUUAAAAUGAAUGAAUAACCCGGGCGAAUAAAAUAGGCAUCUCGCUCAUAUCUAACCCGUUUGAUGUGUGCUAUCAACUUAAUUCUGUCGGGUUAUUGGCCAAUAUAAAAUUUUGGAAGGACUUUUUAAACUGCCUAAAAUUGACGUGUGUUCCAUAAAAUUUAUGCCUGUCGAUUACCCGUCCCUUUCUUUUUCAGCGGAUAAGAAAAUGACAGGUAUAAUAAAUAAAAUUAUAUGAUGUGUACGGUCAUGAGUACUACUAAUAUGUAUACACUUUGAAACCAUGUCACAUUACCUUUUUUGACAAAUUAAACCGUAAGUCUCAUUAAAUGUCAAAUAUGAUAGUGCGACAGGAUUCUAAAGUGGGUACAUGAUAUUGCUCAUGACUGUAGUACAGGAAUCAGCGGCAUUAUCUUCCUAAGACUAAAUAUAAUAAGCACAGGCGAUGGCGGCUAUCGUGUGUGCAGAAUACUCCUAACAGGGUGUUUAUAUUACAAUAAUCAUAAUCUUAGAUACUAUACCUUACUUAGUGCGUACAUAUACAAUUUGGCUUCUUAGGUCUGCAAAAUUAAAGCACUGAUUUUUAUUUUAAAUGAAUUACCAAAUAAGGAAAUUAACCAUCCUUUAUAUCGUAGGCUAAGCGUUGUACUAACAAACUAAUUUUGGUGUAUUUAAAUUAUUAAUUAAUAUAGUAAUUUACUAAAACUGAAUUGUGAAUGUACCCACCUGGUUUAUAUUGUUUUGGUGUGAGUUAUAAGGAAUACAAAAUGGAUGUUGAGUGUUAUGGUUAUGAUAAAUAAAUACGAUUCGCGCGCUAAAGUUAGGCUAGUGAGGUCUAGGUGUAAUAUUGCCAUUUCUUGUAUGUAAAGGAAAGUGUGAAAGUGUACUUUGUAACAGCGCUGAGCGCAUCUGUUAGAUGAAAGACCAAUCAUGUGAUAGUUGGUGAGAAUCGGUACUGAUAAAUGGCCUUAGGGUCAAGGCAUAUCUGUCUACUUAAGGCGACGUGACUGUAUCUAUUUCUGUAAUAGUAGUUCAAUGAGGAUGAAAACUAGAAGCUCAAAUGUAGCCGUAGUUUUAUCCUCAUUCAACAAACGGAUAAUCAAUACAUACCCGCAGGAAGCCUGAAGGAUAUUAAUGUCGACCUAUGUGUUAUUAAGUAGUAAUAUAAAAUUGUGAAUUAAAUUUUUAAAUAGUGGUUUAGUGGUUAGACAACCCUCCAGUGGUUUGCUCUGACCUUUAGCGCGCGAACCCGUUUAGGUGUGUUCAUCGAAUGUUUAAGUCACGAUUGGAACACAGUACCACGCAAUGUUUUAAAAAGGAAUCAUUGCGACAAGAAAAAAAACAUCACUUAAAAUAUCUGUUGAGAAUGGCUUGAUUCGAAUCAAGAUAUUUCGAUCCGUCACUGUCUCGAUUAUAGGUAAAAUAAAAUACAUUGAAUGUAUCAAAAGCGAAAUAAUAUGCUAUAUCAAUUUGAAAAUAUGACCCGUAGAUUAAGUUAAGGGAGACACGGGAUAAUAUUGACUGCCACGAUGAUUAAAGAUUGAAAUUGAUUGAUAAUGAUUGAUGUUUAGCGAUUGUCAGUUGCGUUGGAAAUCGAUUAUUUAAUGUUAUUGAUUUGUACGUACUUAAAUAUAUUUAUUUGAUAAUUAUUUCUAAGUAUGGUUUUGAAACGUAGCGUUUGUACUUAGUCACUAGAAUGCCGUUAACAAUAGCUUUAAUUUAAAAAGGAGUAUUAAAAAGUUAUAUUCCAUAGUCUCUCCGUACUCCGGCGGGAAAUAGGCGUGAGUUUACGUAUGUAUGUAUUAUAAAGGUGACAAUUUAUGUAGGAAAAAAAAUACUAUAUGUCUUUCAAAUGCACGGUUUCAGCUGCGUCUCCUUUCAGAACCAUACUUAGAACAUUUUAAUAAUAAAAUAGUUUUGAAUGUUUGCGUGGGUACGUUUAGUGGGAUAUGUUAUGUAUAAAUUAUAUAUUUAUCGAAUUAUUGAUACAAAACCGUGUGAUACUUAAAACCGUAAAAUAAUCACGUUUUACUUGAGUAGCUUAUUGUGUGUUUCUCAAGUAAAAUCGGAAAUAGUUACCUCGUCAACAUAAGAAAAUGUUAUUUAUAUGGCCAUAGAUACAGGUACGGAAGACCACUGCCAUCAACCUUCUCACUGUGCUAAAAAACAGAUAAUCAUAAAAACUGACGUAAACGCAUCAAAGGACGUAAAAGUGGCCAAUAUUACGUGAAGAUGUCAAUAAUUGACGUAACAUUGGCGAAUAUUCCGUCUAAAAACCAAAGUUUAAAGUUAAACUUUAAAAAAAUAAUAUUACGUCAAAAAAAGAAAAAGAACAAGUGGGAAAUUGAUCAAUCAGUAGUUGGAUUUGGCAUUGAUGGUAGAUGUUCUUCUUCAAUGUCCGCUUCAUAAGGGGUCCAUUACAUAACUCUUGUUUAUAAUUAAGUGCGUUUCCGUCAAACCGCGUUUUGAGAUUUUUAUUUGCAGAUUUAAAUGUUCGUCACAUACACCAUAUUUUUUUAAACUUGGGUUAUGAAUAACUGGCUGGUUAAGAAGGCCACAUUUAAGCAAAUUAUUUAUUACAAAGAAUAUACAAAGAAAACAGACAGUACAGGUAAGCUUAUCUCUAAACAAAGAGAUUUCUUCUAGCUGACCUAUGUGACUAGAGACAUUCAACGUAUAAUAUUAUAUAGAUUGACAUACGUACUAAAUAUUAAAUUAAUAAGUACUAAUAUUAAACAAAAACGGACGACGCUCAGUGGGUAGGCCCGCUACAAGGUGGACCGACGAUCUGGUGAAGGUCGCGGGAAGCCGCUGGAUGCGCGGGACCGAUCGUCGUGGAGAUCCUUGGGGGAGGCCUAUGCCCAGCAGUGGGCGUCGUACGGCUGACGAUGAUGAUGAUUAAACAAAAAAUACUAGUAUAAAUCGUGUCAUCUUAAAAAGCAGUAUUGCUAUUUGGCAUUUGACAUUGCGCACUCACUUAUAUACGCGCAAAUGACAUGUUUCAAUAUUGCUUUUUUAGAUGAAUUACUUCAAUGUGACCUUUUUAGACUCCCUGUUAAUUGUUUGAAGGUGUAGUGUACGUGGCGUGCCUAAGAAUAAAUAACGACUGACUGUUUAACGUUUUUUGCCUGUUUCGGCCCUGUUGAUAUUUGGCCAACAAAAAUAUUUAAAAAGUAAUAGACCCCUUCAGUAUAAUAAGUGUAAUAUAAUAUUUAUGAAAUGAAUCUGCUUGCAUUUGCUCAAUCGAGAGUGCGAUCGUAUAACCACUCACUAUCCACCGUUUAACUAGUGUAUAAUUUUGUAUUUAAAAGUUGUAUUUAACGAAAUGAAAAUAAAAGGGUAUGAUUUCAUGUGAUAAAGAA